AUGUCGUCAAAGCUCUGGGGCACCGAUCCAUCCAAAACAGCCGUCAUCAGACAAGUCACCGAUGCAAUCACCACAGUCUCUGUCCCUUUUCUCCGUAUCGGUCUUCUCAAAUUCGGUGGUAGAGCUACAAUUACCAAACUAUCAUCCGGCGGCCUCGUCGUCUUCUCCCCUACCGUUCUAACCGACGAAGUAGCCUCAACCGUCACCUCCCUCGGUGGUCAAGUCUCCUACAUCGUCGCACCAGACAUCGAACACCACCUCAACAUCGGUCCAUGGAAAGCCGCCUACCCAACAGCCCGAGUAAUCGGACCCACAGUUCUCUACCAAAAGCGUCAAAAGCAAGGCAACGAAGACGUCCCAUUCGAUUUCUCAUACAACUCUGAGAACAAGAAUUCCUUGGUUCUACCGGAAGACUUCACUCGAGACUUCGAGCUCGAAUAUUGGGAUAAUCAUAUGAGCCAUGAGAUCGCUUUAUUGCAUAAACCGUCCGGGACACUGAUCGAAGCGGAUUUGAUCUUUAAUCUACCCUCGAAAGAACAAUUCUCGAAGACGGAUAUUGAUGCGACGAAGGGGUUUUGGACAAAAGUUUCUAUGCAUCUGUUCACUUCUUUGGCUGGGAAGAGUCAGCAGAGGUUUUUGUGGUACGGAGCUAGCAGUAAAGGAAGAGCUGGGUUCAAUCGAAGUGCAAAGGUCCUCGAUGGAUGGGAGUUUGAUAGGAUCAUCCCUUGUCACGGAGAUGUCAUUGAAACUGGUGGGAAAGCGACUUUCAGAAGGUUGUUCGCAUGGCAUCUUGCUGCUGCUGAAGCAGAGGCGAGGAAGACAAAGUGA